AUGCUGGGGCUUAUUUUCAAGGGAUGUCUUGUUUUCGAGGAAACACCGGUAGUACUUUCCUUGUCCACUUGCUUACUGAGGUCAUCGUACCCAUUCUGGCUUUUACCACACUCGAUGCGGCCAGUCGGCGUAUAUAGCCCGCAUCCGUAUUCAACGGUGACGAGGUGGGAAAUGGCCAGCACGGAGUGGGGGUGGGCCCGAGGUCUCAUCCAGGGCUUGGUGCGUCUGCAGGAAGCACCGACAUUGGCCGGCAUUGGUGCUUCCUGA